AUGGCGGCCACGGGAAAGGAGGCUGCUGCGAUGGACAGCAUCUCCAGAGUACCCCCGGCCCAUCCCACCGUCCUCAGCCUGGGAGGGAGCUCCGAACCCCAGGGAGAGCCUGGCGAGACUGCUGCUGAGGACCAGGUUGUGCCCGCGGCGCCCAAGAAGCCCACCACCAGCAGCAGUGAGUGGUGCUUGCUAGCUUCCAAUUCCAGCUAACGAAUGAAGAUGUCCUGGCUGCAAGUUGAUGCGCUGUUUUAGUUAUUGAGAGGAAGAAGAUGAACAAUUUGUUUGUUGUUUACUCCGUGUCCAUCUUCUGAUAUGAGACUGGUGUUAGUACCUUAAGGGCCUUUUGGGGGCCCUAAGUGAGAUUUGGUUCGUACCUUGUUACAAUAGAUUACAUUAGAAUGCAGUAGCUAAGCCUACUAUCACAACAUCAUGCCAAGGGACUGGCAAAUUGGUCCUUCAUCUGAGGGAGGGGCCAGCAACAUCCUCUAGAGUAGGGAUGAUGGGAUGUUUCUACAACAAAAUGUAAAUGGUGUGUAUCUCUGCUGUGUGUGUAGGUGACGGUGGGGUGGAGACUGCAGAGGAGGCCGUAGAGCCAGCAGAGUCGGACAUCAAUGAGCUCUGUACAGACAUGUUCGAUAAGAUGGCUGUCUUCCUACAAGGAGAACUCACAGGUCUGCCUGUCUAUCUGUCUGACUUCCUGCAUGUCAGUCUCCCCUGCCUGUCUCUGACUGUCUUCUAUCUCUGUCUCUCCCUUUACACUGUCCUAUACAGUUGCAUACAGUCUCAUGCUCCCCCAUUUCCCUCUUCUCCCAGGCACCUGUGAGGACUACCGUCUGCUGGAGAACAUGAACAAGCUGACCAGUCUGAAGUACAUGGAGAUGAAAGACAUCAGCAUUAACAUCAGCAGGAACCUGCAGGACCUCAACCACAAGUGUAUGUUUAUUAGCCCUUCAAACGUGAAGGGGACGCUUGCGACCCUUUCUGAAAAUGAAGUCUAACCUUAAUUUAGCUGAAAAAUAUAUUGUUUUAUUGUGUGUUACAGACGCCAGCCUCCAGCCCUAUCUAGACCAAAUAAACCAGAUUGAAGAACAAGUGUCGUCUCUGGAGCAGGCUGCUUAUAAACUGGACACCUACUCCAAAAAGCUUGGUAAGACAGACACACACACACAGAGUAACAUGCCUGUGGAGACACAGACCAUAGCUUCAUAUUGCAGGUCUAGAUUUAGGCUGUAAGUGGAGAAGAGCCUACUGAGUUCCAGUGUGUAACCUUAACCCUCACCAGACUGACUGGGGGAGAGAAGCGGUAGAUAUAAAUAAAUAUAUGUUAGCUCGGUCACUGGCUUCUCUAUUAGAAUCUGCUAGCAGUCUCUAUGGCAAAUGUGCUAAGAAUAGCCGUUCUGCAGUGUUCAGCUCAACAUUAAAGCCCCCAUGCAGUCUUUUAAAUUUUAUUUUCAAAUAAUCACUGUAUGUCUAAUAAAAGUUAUUUCAACAAUAACUCCUAAAUAUAUUUGUAUCAUUUAUUUUCCUGAUCAUCUUUUGGCCAUUGAAAUGCUCAGUCUGAUCAUGUGGGCGUUAGGAAAGAAAUGUGAAGAUAUUUACAUAGCCCUGAUUGGCUGAUAGAUGGUCUAGAGCCCACCCCCUUACCCAGAUGAACGGUUAUUGGUCUUUUAUAAUCAGAUCAGAUUGUGACGUCAUGAUUGGGGCCAAAAUCUCCAUCCCACCUGAACAGGCUGUGUUAUUUUGACCUCAUAGUGUCAUAUAAAAAAUUUACUGGCCCUUUAAUGUUAGGGCUUUUAUUUGGAACAGCCUGAGGGUGUCCUCUGCUGUUUAACUUCACCUCUACACCCUGAGCUCCAACAGCAGAGAGCGCUAGCACACUGUCCCAAAUCAACAGCAAAAAAUUCACUUCCCUUGGACACAAGUGUGUGAGACUGACUGACUGUGUGGAGGAAGGUGAGCGAGUUAAUCUCUGUCUGUCUCUCUGCAGAGGCCAAGUUCAAGAAACUGGAGAAGCGAUGA